UUAGCAAUGGUCAACGAGGUCUAUUCUCAAUUGUGUAUCGAUCAUUUUUAAUAAACAAUACUCUGUUUCUCCGUUUUCCAAUAUUUAUUGUGUACUGUAAAUAAUUGCAUAUCACCACGUCGAGUUGUAUACUGAAUUGAACUAAAUUGGUUUUAUUGAUAUUUAUUGUGAAUUAACUCAACACAGUAAUAAUGAAUAACGAUCAAGGGGACGAUAUAGCGAUGCAGGAAGAAGUGACAAAACAAAGAAUGUUGGCACAGAAAAAAGAAAAAAAAAUCAAAAUUAUUCGAAUAAUGACCGUCAUUGCAUACUUAGUGUCCGUGUCUACUGUGGCGACCAUGUUGUCUGCGUAUUAUGUUUUUAUCUGGAACCCACACGCUGCUAAUAACACUCAAACGCCCAACGCUGAAAGGUUGGUUAUGGCGUUACAAAGGACUGGUGGUGAAUACGUUUUUGCUAAUAGCGCUGAUCACGAAUAUACAGAUAAUGGGAGAUUUACAUCUGAAGGACAAAACACUCAUAAGACCAACGAUCAAUCCAACAAUCCAGAAAGGUCUAUUAAAUUGCAAACAUCAUCAACAAUCAAAUCUUCGACAUCUCACGUUCAAACGUCAAUCGGUAACAUUUCAGAAUCAUUAACUGUGGUGAACAAUUUAUCAUAGCCAUGAUCCAACAUAUUGUUAUUUCAUAUCUAAUAUUAUGUUAAAUUUAAUAAUUUCCAAAACACUGUUUACAGCUACGACGUGCACAUUAACGAUUAAUUUUAUACUGAAGUAGCAUAAAUAAAUUAAAUAGCAUUAUAGGGGCCGUUAACAAGCGAGUUCCAUGUUUAAUCUGCAUAAUUUCCAAAACAAAGAAAGAAACAAUUUAAUAUGAACAAAUAUUUUAACGAUAUCGUUAUUAUUCACACAAUGGCUUUAUGCAAACGGUUAUGACAUAAUGAAGAAUGUUUUUUUUCUUAUAAGUUUCUUGGUUUACUUUUUCACACAAAAAUUAGUCAAAUGUUUUUGUUAGAACAAUUCCUAUUUAUCACCCCUCAGUUUUCAGUUUUCACCCUACACAAAAUUACACACCUACGUGUAUUAUAAUACUACACCGUUGGUACGUUUUUCAGUUGCCUAUCAUUAUUGAUCACUAUUGUUUUUUUUAUAGGUACCUUAUAGAAUUCCUCGAAAUACAUAUAACCAAUUAACAACUGUAUUUUGAUAAUAUGCUAUUUAGUUUAUGGAAUAUAUUUUAUCUUUACCUAAAGUAAAAUGUUUUUUAUAAUUAUUUGUCGUUGCUUAUUACUGGGGUCAGCUCACGUAGUCACGAGUGCCCUCAGUAAAGAGCGUCACAAGUCACAACUAUUAUGGGAAAUACAUAUUUCGAUGGACCGGUAAAAAUACUACACAAAUAAUAAAUGUUAUAAUAACAAUAGUUCUGCUUCUCAUAAUAACUACAUAUGGCACAUAUUGUUUUGAUACAAUUACGCGCAGGACCUACUGUCAAAUUUAGAUUAAUUUGUACGUUAAAUUUAGUCUCUUAAUAUACUCUUACGCGUAACUACAAUGUCGUUUUUUCCACGGUUAAAUCGUUGUAAGCUGCUAUAUAAUUGUCUAGUAUAUAUUAUAUUGUAAUAGCUGUAAUACUUUAUUUUACAUUUUGAUAUCAUGAUAAAAAUAUUUAAUUUAUUUGAAACUAACAAAUUUUUAUAUUUUAUUUAUCAACCAACCAAAUAAUCAUAACCAGAGUUUGGUUCAAUAGUACCUAUAUAAUAAAAUAAU